AUGGGGUCCACGAGCUCACGGGGGAGAAGCUGGGGCAGGUCGAACAGCUCCAGCAGCAGCGCGAGGGGAAGCAGCCUGGGCUUCGGCGGCCUCCUGCCUUCCCCCGUGCCGGAAGGCUCGGAGGGCAGCGGCGGCAGCGCGAGCAGCGGGGGCGGCGAGGACGGCGGGGGGUUCGGCCGGGAAGACCGCCCCAAGGCCAAGAACAACAACUCGCGCGGUUUCGUCAAGCCCGUGCGCGUUCGAAAGGUCAUGUCCAAGAACGCCCGGCCGGAGAACGACGCCGCCGCCGCAGCUGCCAACGGUGCCUCCGGUGCUGCCGACUUCAAGAACGCGUGGGGGGCGGCGCAGCUGGGCGGGAGCAGCGGCGGCAACAACAACGCCUCCUCCUCCCCCGCUGCCGGAGCCGGCGCCGACGUCAGCACGCCCAUCUCGCCGGAAUCGCGCAUGUUCAACGACGUGGCUGAGUCCCUUAAGAGGGCGGUGGCCGGCGGCGCGAGUGGCGUUCGGAGCAGCGAGGGGGACGCCAAGCUCCUCCGCGCUAUCGCCGCUCUGGAGAGCGCCGCCGUACCCGCUGCCGCGGCCACGGACGGGAAUCGUGGCUUCGGGAACGGCAACAGCAGGCGGGUUCUCCUCGAGCGGCAGGACACCAGGAGGCGGUGGCCCUCCGGCCCCAAGCACUUCUCCCAGGGCAGCAGCAUCUUCGACAGCGUGGAGGCGGCUAGCAGCGCCGACGGGAGCCUCCUCAACGUGGAGCUGUACAGCCUGGGCACGACCGAGGCCGGGAGCAGUCCUCUCAGCGACUUCGACAGCGGUCACGGGUCUGGCGAGGCGAGCCAAACCGGUGGCGCCGUCUACCCCAGCGCGGCGUCGGUCAUCGACGACAGCAAGCCGGCGGCGCGGCGCGCGAUGGCCGCGCUAGAGGAAGACGACUCGUCGGGAGAGGUCAACGGGGGCAACCAGGGCGUCGGCAGCGGCGACCUGGCCGGUGGCGGCACCGGCCGCAGCCGCCGCCGCCACCGGCGCAUCGGCAGCAGCAGCAGCAACUUCAAGUUCGACGCCCAGCAGAGCGACAGCACGACCCCCGCCAACGACUCCUGCUCCUCGGCGGCUAGCACGAAGGGCGGCGACGGCUACUCGGAGAAGUGGGCAUUGCAGAAUUCGUUCGGGACGGCGCCGGAGAUGGGGAGCUCAAGCGGCAACAGUUCGGCGACGCCGAUGAUGACUCCCGAGUCGUCUGCGGCAGACGAGGCGCGCCUCCGCCAGGCGUCGUUCGGGUACCGGCGCGACUCCACCUCGGACCAACCCGCGCCUCGCCACGAACAGAGUCCCAGACUCCCUCGCGUGCCGCCGCCGCAGCAGCAGCAGGCAGACCAGCCUAGGUUAACCUCGUCCAAGGAGCUCGAAAGUUCUUCGAGUAAGGACGUGCCGAUGCCGGGGGUGGAGGAAGAAGAGGACGGGGUGGACGGGGGAAGCUUCGAAGAGGACGAGGAAGGCGCACGCUUCGCGAACGAGGUGCUGUCCGUCGAGAUGCCGAUGCCGAUGGUGCCCAAGGGCCGGAGGUGGGGGGAGAAGGAGAAGGCGGCGGCCGAGGUCGAGGACGAAGAGGGAGCGCGGUUUGCGGAGGAUGUGCUGUCCAACCCGCCGUCCGCGGCGGCGACACCGACGGCGUCUGGUGCGUCGGCGGCGAAACGCCUCUCGCAAGGAACGCCGGCGCCGGCGCCGCGGUUGGACGAUCCGCCGACGAUGGUGCAGGACACCAAGGAGGACCCGGCCGCCAUGAUCGACGCGGACUCGAAGGAAGACCCUGCUUCCGCGGAAGCGGGAGCGAAGGGAGACCUGGCCACUGCUGCGGCGCCGGCCCCGAAGAAGGCGCCCAUGAAGUCCUGGCUCACAAAGAGCCUGGGGAGCCUGGGGAAGCUCCAGAGGGGGAGCCGACAGCAGCAGCAAGCGCCCUCCGGGGCGCAGCAGCAGCAGCAGCCGCCGCCGGAGGCCGUGUCGGCGAAGGCGCUGAAGCAGCACGAGGCUGCGGCGGCUGCGUCGAAGGCGGCCAUGGCCCUCCACCAGGACUCGCAGAACAGGAAGCUUAUCGAGCAGCAGGAGGAGCAGCGGAAGCAGGAGGCAGUCGCGGCGGCGGCGGAGGUGGAGGCCACUGCCGCGGCCGCCAUGGCGCGGGAGCUCGAGGAGCAGAGACAAGUCAAGGGCCAAGAGGCGGAAGAGGCCGGGCGGAUCGCCGAAGCCGCUUCUGCGGAGGCGGCGGCGGCGGAGCUCAAGCUGAAGGAAGGGCGCGAGCUCGACUCGGAUGAGGACAAAGGGGGACCAGAGAGGCUUCAGGAAGAACACGAGCUGAUGGAGCUGCAGAACAAGCAGCGGGCGGCCGCGGCGGAGGCAGACGAGGCCUCGGCGAUCGCGGAGAGAGCCUCGGCGGCUGCGCACCGCCUCGAGGAGGAGCGCAAGAUGAAGGAGGUGCAGAGGCAGCAGGCGGCGGCCGCGGUCGAGGCUGCGGCGAAGGCGGCCGCAGCCGCACAAGCAGCGGCGGCAGCGGCGACGGCGGCGGUAGAAGAAGCUCAGCGAGCGGAGGAGGAAGCGGCGCAAGCAGAGGCCGAAGCCGAGGCCGAGGAGAUGCUUCGCCAGCACCAAAAGGAAGAGGAGGAGAAGCAAGCGCAGGAGGAAGAGGAAGAGAUGGUGCGCCAGCAGCAGCGCCAGCAGCAGGAAGAGGAGGAGGAGGAGGAGGCGAAGAAGGCGCACGAGGAAGAGAUGCUCCGGCAGCGGAAGGAGGAGGAGGAGGCCGAGGCCAUCCGUCGGCGCAAGAAGCAGCAGCUGGACGAGUUCCUCCGAGAGCAGCGCCUGAAGGAGCAGCAGGCGGAGCUGGAGCGCCAGAAGCAGGCCGAGAAGGCGGCCGCCAUCCUCCUGUCGCAGAGCAAGAACCAGGUCGGGUACCAGGUCCAGGAGAGGCCGGAGGCGCUGGACGAGGAAGAGCGGAGGUUGCAGCAGGAGAGCCUGGCACCCGUCAAAGGCGACGACGACGCUUCCGAAGACUCAAGCAUGGGGGAAGACUCCCAGUCCCGAGCCGGCGACCUCUCCGACCCGUCGCCGCAGGUGUCGCCGCCCCAGCUCAAGCAGCUGUCUUCGGCGGUGGCGGUGGCGGUGGCACCGCCGCAGGAGGAGGCGGCGGCACCGCCAGCGGCGGCGUCAACUCCUGCCCGUCCCGAGAAAUCGUUCCUCCGCAAGCUCACGGAGAAGCUGGAGUGGUUCCCGCAGAACGAGCAGCAGCGUCGCGAAGAGGGGGACGCCGCCUCCGGUGCCGCGAAGACUACGUCGCCGGAGGUGAAGGAGGAGUCCGUUGGCGGCACGGAUGCGGUUCCUCACGAUCAUAAGUCACAGCAGCAGCAGGCGGUGGAGCCCGGGGCGGCAGGACCGGCGGCGACGGCCGGAGCGCCGCAAGUGCCGCCUCCGCCGGCGGCCGCGGCGGUGGAGACGACCAACGAGGACGGAGUGCAGGAAGAGCAAGCCGUCGCGCAGCCGGCCAAGGACAAGGACGACCAGUUGGCCCCCACGGACGAAGCCUGGCAGACCCCCGGGGUCUCGCCGCAGGUGCCGCCGCCGAUCCUCGACCAGCUAUCUCAGAGGGAAGGGUUCGAGAGUCAGCGGACGCCCGCGCCGACGGCGAAACCGGAGCCGGAGCCGGCAACCUCGCAGCCUCAGCAGCAGCAGCAGCAGCAGCUUCCGGCAUCAAGCACCGCCGAUGUGCCGGCCAAGGUUUCACCCCAGGUAUCCCCGCCCCAGCUCCAGCAGCUGUCUCAGGCCGUGGGCAGGGUGCUGCACCGGCAGCCGUCGCAGGAGAAGCCGCGGCUGGAGGAGGCCGAGGAGAAGGCGGAGGAGAAGCCCCGCGCGAAGCAGCGUCGUCCUGGCGGGAUGCGUCUCCUACCGUCGCCGCACGAGAUGGCGAAGCGUAGGUCGGCCUCUCUCCAGCAGCGGCAGCAGUCUACCGAGCCGCCUCCGGCCGCCCCUGCUGCCCCGGCCCCGGAGAAGCAGGACCAGCAGAAGCGCUUGCUGCUGCAGCUCCCCAAGCCGCAGGCCAGCCAGGAAGAAGUGGUGCCGGGCGCCAAGACGCCUCAGUCGAAGGAACGCGUCCAGGCCCACGCGCAGCAACAGCAGGAGCAACGAGCGCACGACCUCCCGGGUCCGCGCAGCCUCGAGGGGGAGAUGCAGGAGGCGGAGCCGCUCCGUUCGCCCAGGCCGGCGCCGUCACCGAGAGCCCCGCAGCAGCAGCAGCCGCAGCAGCAAGCGGGGGCGGGGUGGAUGCGAAUGACGCCGAGGAGGAGGCCGCGGCGGCAGCAGCAGGAGCAGCCCGGGGACCGCAGGAGGUCGGCGGCGGACGCGGAAGGCGCUCCCGGGCUAAAGCCUCCGGAGCAAGCAGACGAAAAGGAACACUCUGCCGCCGCAACUGCUGCCGCUGCCGCCAGCGACGUUCCCGCGUCCAAGGACGAAGCGGAAGAGGCGAUGGCGGUGGCGACCAUGCCGGACCUGAACCGCACCCCGUGGGCUGUCGGCGAGGCCGAGGCGGCCGACAUCGCGCGCGCCGCGACCGCAGACGCUCUCUGCGCCAAGGAGGCGGAGGAGCAUGCCGCGAGGCAACGGCGGCGCUCCGGCGCCGCCGACAGCGGCGGCGAAGGCGAGGCAGGGCAAGAGGCGCACGCCCUCGGCAGCGGCUCCGUUGGGUCGGGAUCGUGGCUGACCGUCACCGACCAGGACCGCGUGCACGCGUGGCUGCGGGGCGGCGUCACCGUCAAGAAGUGGACGGCCGGCGGCACCGGCACGCGCAAGCGCAAGCUGAGGCUCGCGCAGGCCGGGACCGGCACGGGGUCGCUCGCCGCCCAGGAGUCACAGCUGGCGGCGCCGGGUGGAUCGUCGGUCGCGACGGACGGCGGGGGGAUGCCCUGGUCGACCUGGGCUCAGGGGGGCGUCACGGACAGCAACGGCAGCAGCGCCGGGGAGACGCUGGACGGGGAGCUCGGCGGCUGGAUGCUCGUGCUGCAGUCGGACAAGGGGAAGGACGUCGCGCACCGCCUCUCCAACCUCCGAGAGGUAUCCGAGGACGCCGUGGAGAAGAGCGUGACGCUAUCCUUCGACGAUGGAGGCGAAGGCGACCGCAAGAUGAGGCUCUCGUUCCCGACGGAGCUGCCGGUGGCUAACUACUUCCGCCAGGUCCAGGAAACCCGCACCCAGGAAGAGAAGAUCACGCGUGCGGCGAAGACUGCCCUAGUGGCGCUGGAGACUGGUGCUAACGCGAGGGCCAUAUCGGCCGCGGCGCGAGACACGGCUUCGAGGUGGACCACCCACUCGAGCCUGGAGGAGAUGGAGGAGGCGUGCCUGGGAGGUGACGUUAUCGAGACACAGCCCAGCCUGGCGGUGGGCGCGGCCAGCCACCUCAAGGACUCGAGGCCUGCGAGGGAGGAGAUUGAGGGUAUAGUCAAGGGCCUCACACGCUUCAACCACGGCCUGAAGCCGCUCCCGGCCAUCGUCCUGACUACCGUAGAAGACAUCGAGGAGGAGGCCAAGAGGUAUCACCAGGGGGACGUGCGGCGCGUGCUGAACGUGGUGAAGCUGGUAGUGGUCAGCAGGGGCGCCAAGGAGGCGGCCGAGUUCUGCCGCAAGCUCAAGUACCACACGCAGGUGAAGGCCGUGAUGUGGGAGAGGCUACCCCAGAGCCCGGUCGUCAAGACCAGCAAUAUUGGCUUCACGGGCAUCAAGGCCAGCGUCGAACUCGAGGCCUCCAAUCACGUCGUAGCAGUGGAGCUGCAAAGCGAGAAGUUCCACAGCACGGCCGGCAUGGACUACAAGGCUCUGGAGUGGGCGAGGGCUCUCAAGGUGCCGGUGUCGACCAGCGGUCCCUGUGUUCGCUUCGACGAGAUCAGGCCCCCCGUGCAGCAGAGGAUGGUGGCGUUGGCUCGGCAGGACUGGAUGGGUCUGCGGAGGGUGUUGCCGCAGCUCUUGAGGGCCACCGGCAACGUCGACGAAGCCGAAAGGCUGCUCCGACAGAACGCCUCUGAAGAAAAGGCCGUGCGCGUGCUCGCGGGAAGGGCCGGCGACGGCGAGGACGGGGAUCUAGCCCGCACGCAGUCCGCCGUGGCCCUGGCGUCUGCCAGGAGCGAGCUGGCGGGACUGCUGCACGAGCAGGGGAAGCUGUUGGAGGCCGAGGAGCUCUACCGGUCGGCUCUGGACAUGCGCACCGCCGCCCUUGGUGUUGAACAUCCGAGCGUCGGAUUGAGCGCAAGCAAUCUCUCCGGCGUCCUUCGCGACCAAGGGAGGCGUGCCGAGGCGACGUCCAUCAUGCGCGCCUCCAUGAACAUCACGGCCUCCCCGCCGAGCUUACCGCAACAACAACAACAACAACAACGCUUACGUUCUUCGUCCUCCGGAGCGCCCGCGCCUGGCCGUGGCGACACUGUCGGCAUCAUGGUCACCACGAAGGCUACCUCCUCGAGGGCAACCCCGAACCCCCCAGUGGCGACGCCUCCCGUCGGAGACCUGCUGCUGGACGACAAGGCCGCACCGAAGAACUCGCCGCUGGACAGCCUGGUGCCUGCCGGGUGCUCGCCGUUCGGCAGCAGCGGGGUCGUUGGCGGCGGAGAUGCUCGUGCUGUCGACGACGAGGACGAGGAUAGCAACAUGACGGCCGUCGGAGUCGGAGCCGUCGCUGCCGCCGCUGCCGCCGCCGCCGCCGCCGCUGCCGGCCGCAACGCGGAGACCGCUACCGUGGCCUCCGCCGCGGCUAACGCCUCCGCGGUCGCCGCCGCCGCCCCACCCACGGGGAACAGCAGCGGGUUGCUUGUGGUGGAGCAAGAGCUGGAGAUCAGGGGCCAGCAGCAGCGGGAGGCGGAGGAGAGCCCGAGGACUUCAGAGGAGAAGAGCGGCAGGGACUGGGAGCUGGCCCACUCGGUGGCUGUGGCUAGCCUGAACAACCUAGCGGUCCUCCUCAGCGAACAAGGGGAUGCGGAGCAAGCGGAAGCCUUCCACCGAAGGGCUCUGCGUGCGCGAGAGGUGGUGCACGGACCCGACCACCCGGACGUGCCGCUUCUGCUCUCCAACCUCGCGGGGACCCUGUACAUUCAGGGCAAGGACUCGGAAGCGGAGCCCCUUCACCAACGGGCGUUGCAGCUCAGGGAAGCGUUGCUCGGCUCCACCCAUCCCGACGUGGCCACGUCCCUGGAGUUCCUCGCCAGGAUGGCGCUGCAGAGCGGCAAAACUUACACCGAGAUGGAAGGGUUGGUGAUAAGGCUGGCCAACGCGAGGGAGGCCCGCCUCACCGUCUCCAACGCCCCCCCUGCGAUCGAGGGACGGCGACAGGUGGGAUCGGUCAUGUCCGACCUGGCCCUCGCGCUGAGGCAACAGAAGCAGGAGCAGGCUACGAGAGCGUUCCCGCUCUUCAGGUUGUUGGAACGUUUCUAGCGCCACGGGGCCGCUACGGCGGUGCUGUCUGUCUCACGCACGGUGGCUAUUUGACCCUUGGUGAUGUUGUGUGUGCAGUGGACACUACCAGUAGCAGGUCCUUCGGUCGUGAGCGAGACAAUGAUGAUGAUAGGCCGAGCGAUGGUUCAGAGCGUUACUUGCAGUAACUAGCUUGGAAUAGGCAGAGGAAGGUGACAGAGAGGAGAGAGGCUGAUAUUUCGCAGCCAUGCCGUCAGAUUACUCUCUUGAGUUUAUUUAGUCAUUUAUUUGCUGUUUUCUCGCUAUAUUCUUCAGUGGGCGUAUCUUUUUCGCUAGAAAUAGCCUACCUACAUAUUGAUGGCUUGUUUUUCUUUUUGCCGGGAGUGGGUUGGCUGGCUUUGGCCGAGCCCCCUAUUUUAUCUUGGUUGGUGGAAUGUAAUCUUGCUUCUUGAAGAAAUGAUUUAGGUUUAUUUCAAGAUAAUCAAGAUAAGAACUGAGACUUUUGUAUAUCAUAGCGUGCGUCAACCUACGGAGAGUCGGCAUUGCACGCAUGAACAUGUUUUUUGUUUUCUUUCAUUUUUGCGAUGCGUGUCUGAACGAUGAAUUGUUUUUUGUUCUCUGUGUUGGGGUAAUGCACUAUACGUGAUAACAAGGAAGGCGCGUCGACUUCGAUCUUAGCUGUGCCAUAAGAACA